GCAGCGAGGCCGCAGGCUGAGGUAUAGAGUGGGUGAUGCUGCAGUUGCCUCCCCUCGCUUCCAGGGCCAGUUUGGGGAGAGAAGAUGGGACAAGAGAAGCAAAAAAGUCCCAAUAAUUUGAUAAUCUCCAAUUAGUCAACAUAAUUCAGCAUUGGAGAAUUAUACUCUUUUUGCCUACCCCAAGGAAAGCCCAAGUGACCCUAGGGUCCCACGUAAUCCUCCAGCUGGAGGCUGGAGGGGAGAUUUUCUGAAUGGAGCAGACAGGCUGCUAUCUCCAUAACUGGCCCAGCACUAGCUGCCCAAGGAUGUAGGCUCAGCAGGUCUGCUGUCCUGCUGAGCUCAUUGUUCUGGAAACCAAGAGUAGGGGCCCGUCCACACUGCUUCUCCUGUGGGGCACCUUCCCAGGGCCAUGCCCAGAACACAGGACAAGCAGGCCCUGUAGGCCCAGUGUCUGGAAAGGUGGGAACAAAGGGCACUUAUCUUCUCUCUCCCACCUUCCUGCGUGGCAAGCUUGGGUCCUGUCUUUUGAACCAUGUCCUAACCCUCGUCUGAACCUCUGCUUUGUGGUUCUGAGACAAUCUCUGUUCUUGAGAUCAGGUCCCUAGAAAUUUACGUCAUUGCUGUGGCCUAGAUGACCAGCCUGCCUAUUUCAGUGCUCUUGGAGCAUCUCAUCCCCUCCCCAAAAAGCACUUGCCAGAUGGUCUUUAUGAGUUAAUCCCUGCCCUGGCCCCACAACCCCCACCCUGGCGACUAUCCAACAAUCAUUAUGAUGCUGAGGGUCAUGACCUGGCCUUUAUGACACAGUAGGGCUGGGCCCUUAGGGGGGGCUGCCUCAAAGACAUCAGGUGGACAUAAGCCUCCCCAACACCAAUGAACUCCCCCUCCCACACCCCCAGUCCGUCCCCUACCCAGUCCCCCUCCCAGUCCCGCUCCAACAAUGUGGUCGCCCCUCCUGGCCAGCAGCCCAAUUCCAGCUCUGGAGGCUCAGCCCCUUCUCCUUCCCCUACUCGGGUCUCCUCCCGCCCCCCCUCUCACCCUGCCACCCCAAAUGCCUCACAGCCCUCUUCCCGGGCUUCCUCCCUGACCCCUAGUCCUCACGUGCCCCGAGCGGGUUCCCAGAACCCCACUCCACCCCCGUCCAAAUCGCCCUCCCAGUCCGGUCUUAAAUCCCUCUCCCGAAACCCUUCCCUAAACCCCACUGCACCCGUCACUAGGUCCCCCUCCCAAAGCCCUGCCACCUCGGCCUCCUACAUCGGGCCCAUUCGCGGCAUCCCGUCCUACAUCGCCCCCUACGUGCCCCGCUUCAUGAAGGAGCCUCCCUUUUUCCAGCCCCCCACAGCACCACUCCCGCAGAGCCGCUGCUUUUCCGUCCCCAGCCCCUCCCGGGAGCCAGAGAGCCCCCGCCCUCCGGACUCGCUCUACUUCCCCCUGCUCCCCCCACCCCCUCACUACCCUCCACUGAACUGCUCCUCCUACCCGACUCCUCCCGCCCUCUUCACACCCCCCUCCUCCCUCUCCUACACCCCACCCGUUGAGGUCCUCGUGAGCGGGAAGCCACACGUGGUCCCCACGGUGCUGCCCGCCACCUUCUACACCCCCUUCUCCCGCUACUACUCCCAACCCCGCCCCUACUACGGCACCAGGUACCGCCGGCGCCCCAGCGCCUCUCCCCUCCCCUCCCUCUCCCACUUCCCAUACGACGGGUCUGGGCGCUCUGUCCACUUCUAUCACGGGUCCUAGGCCUCACACCUAUUUUGGA